UCCAAAGUUUAGGUUGACGCCCAUUUCAAUCAUUGCUCUAACUCUUGAAUAGUUUUCUAAAUAUACACAUAUAAUGUUCAGUAAAGUUCGAAAGGGCAACAAAGGCCAACCAGUGAUUGAUUUCUUCUGCUAGAUGGCAACACUGUUCAAAUAGAGUCAUAUAUUGUUGAAUAUAUACUUAUUAGACAUAAUUUAAGUGGACGUCAAACGCUAUUUCAUGUUGCAUAGAAUAAAAGUUUUUAUUUUUGAAAGCUGGCAACACUGAACCCCAUAAAACAUAAAAAUAAAAAUCUGAAUAUGUCAUUCAGUACAAUUUGGAUGGAGUUUAUGUUCAUUGUAGUUUGUAGUAAUGUAACUCCUUGUCACAAAAGAUCUGAAUACCCGGGUAGAGGCAAAGAACAAACCAGAGACAAAAUAAUAACAAGUUUUGCCAUCAUAUCUCAUUCUACCAACCAUUCUUUUGUUAUUUAUGAAUAACACUAAAUAACUCGCUAAGAGCAAACAAUGAUAUCAUUGCAAAAUUUGUUAUCUCUGAGUUAUUAUUGAAUAACAACAAAUAACUGAAUAAUGGCAAAACAUGCAACCAUGACAAAAUAAGUUCUUCUGAUCAUCCCAUGCAAAAUAACAUCUCAAUGGGAUAUUUUGCAAUAAUAACUUAUUUUGUUAUUGAUGAGUUAUUUGGUACUUUUGUAUUUUGUCAGAGAGAAUACAAUGAGAAGAUCAAACAUUGCCAUUAAAAAUGAAUAGUUAAAUAACCAAACUUGUUAUUUAUUUGUUGGGAAUAAGAGCUGAAAGAUCAAAAAUAAUAACUGACUUUGUUCCGGAAAAUAACACAAUAAUAACUAAUCAUGUUAUUAUUAGAUCUAAUCAAGGACUAAAAAUUUCUGAACUUAAAAUACAGUUUUUUCCCAAUCAUAAUAACAAAAUUUACAAUUAUGAUGAUCUUUUUUGAAAUAACUUAUUUUGUACUUGCUCUGUUCUCAAUAGCUCGAUAAUGACUGAUUCAGUUAUUCUACAUUUCAAAAUAUUUUGUCCUUGGUUUGUUCUUAUAAUGCUAAAAUUAGUUAUUAUUGAGUUAUUUUCCGGUACAAAUUCAGUUAUUAUUUUUGUUCUUUUAGCUCUUAUUCCCAACAAACCAAUAACAAGUUUUGCCAUUCAGCUAUUCAUUUUCAAUGGCAAAAUUUGAUCUUCUUUUGUUAUUUUCUUCUGCCCGGGUACUGGUCGCAGUGGUUCACCCGAACAGAGAAAAUAACACGUAACGCAUUAUCAGAAAGUCAUCUAGAUUUACCUUGAGUACAUGUCUUUGUGUAAAAUUUGAUACUUCAAAAUUACCUCUGAAACUGGCAACACUGCAAAAUGUCAAACGUCGAAUAUCGAAUUCGAAUGUUCAGGUAAGAUUAUGUUUAAGUCAAGUGUCUUAAAACACAGAAAUUUGUAACAUGAUUUAAUAACAUGGAAUUCUCGCAGUAGCUUCACAUUGCGCCACAAAAAUAUAUUAUUGCUGGCAACACUCAUCUUGCAGAUUCAAAUAAAGCUCAAUACAGGUCCGACUUUAUUAUCUGGGUGUCUCCAAAAAAAAAUUCACCCCGGAUAAUCGAAAUUUCCGGGUAAUCGAGCCAUACUUUUCUCUAUUAUUGCUGAUGUCCUUCAACCAAAAACAUCAAAAGAUCAUUUGCCCGAAAUAAAAAAUAAAAUCUUUUCCCUGAAAGACCAUUCGCCCGAAAAAGCCAUUCGAUAGAAUAAUUUCAUGCCAUUUCUCACACCUUUCGUUAUUUAUUGAUUUAGCACUCUUGAGAUGGCAAAAUAUCAGUAGAAAGAAAUUGAUUUCUGCCAGAAUCACGGGGAGUGAUCCUUUGGGGAAUUCUGAAAAACAUUUCUGAGUUCAUUCCAGAGAAAAUCUUUCAGAAAUUCUCAAGAGGGGAAUCCUUUAAAUAAUUCAUGGAGGAAUCUCCAAAGUAUUCUAUCAUAAAAUAAAGAGUAUGAUUCCCGGGAAGAAUCAUUGACAAAAAAAAUUGUUCAAUUAAUCAAAUAAAUCACUUUUUCCCCGUUGGUAAAUGUAAACAACAAGCUUUCAUCGUCUAGGGAGGAUGCAAGCAAACGUGUGAUUUCUCUGUUGCACUGUGAUGGCGUAUACAGUGACAGACAUUCGUUUAGCCGAGGCCCUAAAAUUUUCAAAAAAGUGUCAGGAAACUCAUACAAAAGAUUUUAUGAUAAAACUUUUUUAUGGCAGUGAUAGUAUAUCUAGUACUGUUUAAUGAAAAGGUGAUACAUCACACUUACAUAUACACUGAAACAAAAACGAGGGUAAAAACCCUUCAUAUGUCAUUUUUUACCUAGACAUUCGUUUAGCCGAGGUGAAUGAAAAAUUGGUUUUCAAUUGAUUUUUUGUAAUUUCGUGAGUGUAUUUCUAGGAUAUACCCCAAGGCAUUUAGUUUAUAACGUGUAAGCAAGAUAAUUGACCAUAAAAGUUUAUUUAUUUGUGAAACAAAACAUAAAUACGUGAUUAUUGGAAUAUUUUAAAACACUUGAAUAACAAAUCUCAAUUUGGAAACAUUUUCAAUAUUAUAACUUACUUAAAUGAGAUGCAUGUAAAAUUGAUAUGGCAACACUUCUGAAAACGAUCAAAUUCAUGAUUUACAAGUCGAUCUAUAAUGCAGGAUACCAUACAAAAUGAUUGUGUUGGAUAUUAUUCGAAAUUUGAUAGUUUUUAUUAAGGAAUUCUAAAAAAUGUACAAUUCGGCUAAACGAAAGUCUUGGCAAAUUUUCUAUUUUUUCUUGUAUUUCACGGUCAAAUAAUGCAGGUAAUGCAAAUUACCUAGACGAUCCUUCAAAAAUAAAAAAAAGAACAUAAAAUUAUUACAGUUGCGAGAAAAAUAGAAAAAAUAUGCCUCGGCUAAACGAUUGUCUACCACUGUAUAAAAUAAUGUUUCAAAAAAUGUGAGGUGAAACUAUGUAUUGUUUGUCAGUUUGCUUCGUUUGUCAGAGUGGUGCCUUUAUAGUUUGCAAAAUUAAAACAAGUUUUCUUGAUGUUUCUCCUAAGCUGAUUUCAGAAAAGCGUUUCCAAAAUUAUUACGGUGUUUGUUACUUUCGGGCAUUUGUCAUUCGGGCGUUUGGAAUUCGGACGAAUAGUUUUCUGGAAAAUGUGACAAAAUCAAUAGGUGAAUAACGAGAAUGAUCUUGUCCUUGUCCGAGAUAGGGAAGUGUAAAACUACUUGAUAACUAGCGCCACCUAGCGACAAAAUCACCAACUAAUUAGUGAAUCACCACAAUUUCCUUUUCCUUCUGAACGACGUUGCCGAAGACGACCAGUUUCUAUCUGCUUUCGUUACCGAGAUAGAGAAGUCUAAAACUUUACUUGAUAACUAGCGCCACCUUGUGGAAAAUCACCAAAUAAUUGGUGCAUAAUCAGAAUAUUCCUAUCCAUCUGAACAACUUUGCCGAAGACGACCCCUCUCUAUCUGCUUUCGAUUCCAAGGUAGAGAAGUGUAAAACGAUUGUACGACAUUUCCCCGAAAACCAGUUCCCCGAAUGAAGUUUCCUCGAAAGUUUUUUCCCCGAAUGUACCAUUUCCCCGAAAAAUGUUUCCCCGACUGUACCGUUUCCCCGAAAAGAUUAUUGCAUAUGCCAUUUAACAUUGACCCAAUGCGCAACUAGGGGGAUCCGGCCAUUAGGACGAAGUACACUUUGCCAAAGUACGUCAGACUGAAGCACGUUUUAAGCUGAAUGGGUUGCUCAGCUGAAGUUCAUAGGGUAGAAUGGAUCAGUAGGCCGUCUUUCUAAUUUUCUUCAUCAACAAAGUUAAGAUAUGUUUUCGAAGUCCAGUUCAUUUAGGUCCCUUGAGUUUUUUUUACAUUCCUCGAAUCUGGGGCAUUCUAUGGAUACUGGGAUAUACUUCCAUGAUUUAACAAUAUUCUUUUAUCCUUUCCCUUUUCUCACAUACCGAAGUACUGAUGAUUAAUUGAUCACUCUGCCAACAUUCCAUCUGAAAAUUUCGCUUCUUUUCAAAACACGCAGUUGUUUUUAGUUGUAAUAUUGCAUAACCUUAUUGACGAUAGUAAUUUAUUAAACCACUGACUGUCCCAGGACAGAUUUACCUUCUUUGAGAAGUCGGCUAUUCUUUUGAAUAUUGGGUUUUAUAUAUGAUCAAGCUGAGUUUUUUUUAUGGCUUUCAACUCAACCGGACUGAUGCUCGUCCGGCGUAAUGACGAUUCUAUGACAUUUCCCGGAAAAUCCAUUUCCGGAAAGACAUUUUCCGGAAAACAUUUCCCGGAAUGAUCCAUUUCCCGGAAACCCAUUUUCCGGAAUGUCCCAUUUCCCGGAAACCCAUUUUCCGGAAUGGAACAUUUUCCGGAAAACUGUUAUCGCUAUUCCCAGACUCGUUAAAUUUCAACCCUUUUAUGAAAUGUACAAUAAUUGACUUAUUUUGGUUGGUAUUCGUUGAAGAAUUUAAGCUUUCAGCGUUAUUUCCAAAUCUUCGACAAAACAUUAAAAAAUAUUAGCAGUUAUGAUGCCAACAGUUUUAUCACUAGAUCUUGAACGAACAGCCAUUGUUUAAUGAAGGAAAAUUUUCAAUGACAAUUCUGGCAGCUGUAAUUCCAAAAGAUAACAUUCGAAAGAAAACAAAAGAAAGGAAAAAUAUCUUAUAAAAUGGUAGCGGUUGCAUUUUGCGCAUAGUUUGUAACCAGUAUACUCAGUCGACUCAUCUUUCGACAACGCUUCUGAAACCUGCGCAUCACACGCGAACAAGAAAAAACAAAAUUAAAACGUUGAAAUGAAAAAAUAAAUGAGAGACGAAAUGUCAAAUUUUAAAAAUGGGGAAGCCAAUGAAUGACUAUAUCAAAGAAGAGUAUACUGUAUUAAAUAUAUCUGUAGCACUUACCCUCUUAUACCCUCUUAUUGUAUCUCUCAUAUGUUCUUUGCCUUUUUGAUACUAAACCUUUAAAACUGUAAAUAACAAGAGGCCAACUUCAAGUUUUUGUCUAACGACUGGGUGUGGCUUAUUAGGCCGAAAAUACAUUUGGCCACAUUACUACUAAGCCAAAUUGCCAUAAGGCUAGAUUGAAUCAAAAGCGAUCGAAAAACUGGCUUCGAAAGAACAGCCUAUUGCUAGAAGAAAAUCUCGAAAGGUGCAAUUGACAGUUUGGCAAUUAAACUACUCUGUAACAGUCUAACUUGAAAGAACAACACAUUUGUAAGAGAAGGAAAAAUAUCUGAUAGAGCUAAUAGUUUAGCCGCCAAUCAAAUACGCAACAAUGUAACUAGGAAGAACAGCGUAAUAAAUAAAGAAGGGCAAAGCUCCUAUAUAGACUGCAACAAGUGCCAAUAAAACACAUGUUGGUAACCAUGUGUUUUAUUGGCGCUAGCUGCUUUCUAUAUAGGAGAUUUGUCCUUCUUUAUUUAAUAGGCUGUUCUUUCUAGUUAUAACGUGGCGUAUUUGGUAGCUGGCCAAACUAUUAAAUUUAUCUGAUAUUUUUUGUUCUCUUAAAACUGUGUUGUUCUUUCAGGUCGAAAGAACAACCCAUUUUUAAAGAAGGAAAAACACCAGAUAGAAUUAAUAAAUUGGUCGCGAAUCACUUCUGUAACGUUACAUCGUUGGAAAGAACAGACUGUAAAUUGAAGAAAGUCAAAUCUCCUAUGCAGUUAGCAGUUCAACUAUAUAAAUGCACCUAGAACAGCCUUUGGCGAAAAGGAAGAACAAUUUGUUAUUGAAAAGCCAGUCAAAAUAUAUCCAUUGGGCUCAACGAUGCUGGCUCUACUUUGGUAAGUGAACUGAAACGAGAAUCUGAGUUCCACUCAUUUAUUAAGUUCUACAAUCUCGAAAAAAAUUAUAAAAAAAGUUUUAAGGCUCGAUUUUCUGGAAAUUUAUCAUCAACUGAUAAAAUUAGUAAUAAGAAUCGAAAAACCAGAUGAUUUUUAAAGAUUCUAAAAUAUCUUCUCAGGUUUUCCUAGAAUUGCCUUUCCGGGAAAUUAGGCAUUCCGGGAAAUGGAGCAUUCCGGAAAAUUGUUUUCCGGGAAAUGGGUUAUUCCGGAAAAUAUCUUUCCGGUAAAUGGGGUAUCCGGGAAAUGAUUUCCAGAAAAUGUCUUUCCGGGAAAUAGUAUAGAACCCGUAAUGACACUUUUACCCUAAUGAACUAACGUACUUCGGCCUGACAUACUUCUGCCUGAAGAUCCAACACCGUCUUUUUGGCUAGAUUGAUAACCUUUCACUUAAUACAAUUUUCCUUCUUUCAAACAUAGGCUGUUCUUUAAAGUUGAACUGCUCAAUUAAUCAUCAGUAAUUUGACUGCUGCUAUAUUUAUUUAUUUAUUUUUUGUUUUUGUGACCAACUGUUCUAGUAUCUAUAGACGUUAUAGUAGAAAUAUUUAUCAAAGAUUCUCCCUUCUUUCAACAAUAUAUAAUUGUUCUUUCAAAAUAUUGUCGGCAGUCUUACUACUAAUAUGUUCUGUAGAAAUGUCAAUAGGACAGAUCGAUGAAGUACUAGAUUUGUAGUAAUGAGCUGAAUUUCAGUAUGGUGAAAAGGUCAAUUCUCCGUUUCUGCAAUGAAAUGGUGCAAAAAGCGUGGGUAUUAUGAUUCCUUGUUUAAUUUGAUGCUGUUUGAGCAAAACUUUGGGCAACAGUGUUGUUGUUUCCUCCAUUUCUUGCAACAUAAACAAAAUAGAGAUAGAGAAGCUGAAACUUUACCUGAUAACUAGCAACACCCCCAGCGAAUGGACGGUCUCAUGUAGAUCGAUCAGUGUUGCCAUCUGAGGUCAUAAUUUUUAAAUAGCCCUUGGUCAGUACUCAAACUUUGCCAAACACAUGUGUUUGGGGCUCCGCAGUGCCUCAAACGGGGAUUUUCUUUCUCGCAAGAAAGAAACACAGGGUUACACGUAAAACACUUUAUUUACUUCACUUGGCGUUGUCCAAGCCACGUCAACGCUUGUAAUUACAACUCACUUUUCACUUCUUGACCGUUUGCCGGGUCAAAACAGACUAUUUCGACUGUCGGGAUUGGUGCUCUCCUUAUAUAGCACCCAGGAGUGGAUCUAGAACGUUCUAUUAGAUUCUCGAAAAAAACAUUCUAGACCAUUCCACAAAUCUGGCUGCACUGCCUGAAAGAAGCCUCUCACCGGUCACUCACGAGCGGCCUGCACGAUCGUCCAACUGGGUGCCCCCGCGAUGCACGCUAGUUCGGGAAUACCCAUUAAAUGGGUUCAAAAUACCCAUUUUUUGCAUCAGUACUGAGCUGUCAAAUAAUGGGUAUUUUAUCCGUUGCAAAUAAUGGGUAAAUUUACCACAUUAUUAAGUAUGACCAUCGAACUUAUAAUGGGUAAACAAUACUCAUGUAUAUUUGUUUGAAAGUAGCGUCGCCAUUUUUAGACGGAGGUGCAUGCAGCGUUUGAAGUGUGUUUGCCGUAUUUUGUACUCUAAGUUUUGUACGCGUGAAUCCAGGAAGAUCCCGGCGUAGCCCAUCCCGCAACUGGAACCGAGACUGGACCAAUAAUAGUGAUAUAGUGAUCAAACGAAAUGGACGCAAUCAAGCAGCAGGUAGACGAGGACACAUUCCGAAAGCUGGAGGGUAAGUUUUCGCUUGAUGUUAUUAUUUUCUGGAAUCCAUCCGAACAAUAAUCCCUUGCAUAUAGGAUUUCGCUGUCCUUCACCUAAGUGCGCCGUCGUGUCAGGCAAUUUGGACGAAUUAAAAACUCACUUAAAAAAACACAAAUUGACUACGAGUGGAAGCCACCCGACAUACUUGAAGUGUUGUUGUGGAUCCAUCCAAAGAUCCUUGAAAACACUGAAGGUUCAUGUACUGAAACAUCAUCCGGACGACUUCACAUCCGCAAAUGAUGUUCCAUCGGAGUUGGAGCCGAUGGAUGUAGAGGAAGUAACUGAACCUGAAGAUAACAAGUUGUGUACCAAAAAUCGUUUCUUUUAUGGUGAAAGACCGACCAAAGAGGAACUGGUGCAGGCCGCAGCAGAAUCUGUAUCGAAGCUACGGUCAGACUUAGCUUUAACAGAAGCUAAAGUAAAGUUCUUUAUGGACUUCUGCAACGAGCUUCUGGAAGCAUAUCAGCGGUUUUCUGUUGGAGUAGUUGCUGAUUUCCUAUCGUCCGAAGAGUUGCUGCACAAUGAAACCAGCAAAACUCUGCUGGAUGAUUUAGAGGUUUCCAAUGUGUUUCAAGACGUCGGUAACCCGAGGGCAAACUUAUCCUACCUCUCUGGUAAAGUAGGACGAGCUGUUCCAGAGCCUGUGGAAAUCGAACUGGGAGUUAGGAAAAUCACAGAAACCGUAAAGUACCGUCCGGUGACCAAAGGACGGCGUAAAAUUGUCCAACCAAUCUGCAAAACAACCACGGUUAAAGACAGGUUGCAUUACAUACCGAUUAGGCAAACCUUGUCGUUAAUUUUCGCUAAUCCUGAAGCGAGGGAGACGUUGAAGAACGAAAAUCGGUCAUCAGAUGGUAUAAUGCGCGGGUUCAAGGACGGGUCACUUUUUUCGAAACUAGAUUUUUGCCAGAAACAUCCUUUCGGGGUUCGCAUCUCGUUACAUGUUGAUGACGUGGAGUACUGUAACCCAUUAGGCUCGCGACGAGGGAAGCAUAAGCUAACGGUGAUCACUUUUAAAGUUCAGAACUUCGAUCCAAGAAUCAAUUCGGGGCUAGACAAGGUGUACGUCGCUUUGAUGGUUCCAUCAAAAUGCGUCAAAAAGUACGGAUUCGAAAAAGUGUUGAAGCCAUUGCUACAAGACUUAAUGGCGUUGGAAUCAGAAUCCGGCGUCGAGAUUAACCCUCUAAUACCCAAUCCCGCCUUUAGACGGGGUAUAGUUUGAGCAUUUUUGUAAUUUUUGUAUUGCGGAAAAUCAAAGUUUUUAUAUUUUUGGCUGAUAUUUAGGACUGUUCUGUAUAUGUAUCUCAAAAUAGUUUUUGGUGUAUUUUAAAACGUAUUUACAUUUUUUAAAAAUCGUUGAAAAAUUGAUGUUUGAGUCACCUUUUAGAAGUAAUUGUUUAUUUUGUAUUUAAUCGCUACAAUUAACAUAUUUUAAAUUUUUCCCAAAUCAUCCUAUCCUUGUUUAAUAGUUUAAGCGAAUCGAAUACACUCUAAAAUGAUUUUCCUUAAUAUUACACGGAAAAUAAAAUUUUCUAUGAAAAUUUUUUAAAAUAAUAAUAUUUCAACAAUAAUCAUAAAAUCUCAAAAUGUUUUCAUCUCAAAAAAUCCGUUCCCCAAAUUGGCUUCCAGGAAAAAUAUAAAAGUGUGGGGAUGUUCAAAAAUAAAAAUUAGAAAAAUCAUAAACUGAAAUUCACGAAAUCGAGAAUUAAAAAGAAUCAUCUUCCAAAACAUGUUUAAAUCGAUUUUAGACGACGAAAAAUGAUGAUUAGAUCAAAAUCAAAAAUUUGGGUAUUAGAGGGUUAAAUACAAUGAAAAUGAAAGUUUCAUCCUUCAUGCAACGGUAGUUCAUGUACUUGGAGAUACGGCAGCGUUCCAUGAAUUGUUCGAGUUAAUGCCUGCACAAUCGAGCAUCUUUUGUAGAGCUUGCUAUAUUUCAAGAAUUGAAAUGCAUUCUGGAAAUUUUGGAAAUAAUUAUCCUCUCCGUACUCGCGAAUCUGUUAAUAAUGAUCUACUUGCUUUGCGAAAUGGAACAACAACUCCAGCCAAAUGUGGCAUAAUACGAGCUCCUGUCUUGCAUUGUUUAAAACAGUUCCAUUUCGCAGAAAACUUAUCAUUCGACCCAAUGCAUGAUGUGCUGGAAGGAGUUGUUAGCAUGGUUCUUAAAAAAAUCCUUAACGAUAUUGUCAGUGUCAAAAAACUUCUUACAGAGGGUAUGUUAAAUAAACGAAUUGAAACCUUUGACUAUGGGCUUGCUGAAGCAAAGGAUAAGCCUAGUGGAAAUUUCACUAUCAAAGCUCUAAAGAGUAAAGGAAAUUCACUAAGUCAAUCUGCUUCACAGAUCUGGCUACUUCUUCGAGCAUUCAACUUUAUUUUUCAUGAUGUUGUAACAAGUGAGUACAUUAACAUAAUCGCAUGUUUAAUGAAGAUAGCUUUUUAUGUGUUUUCCAAUAUACUUACUAACGAUAUGGUUGAUGAUUUACAACAAAACAUACAACUUUUUUAUCAAUGUUUCAAAAACUGCUUUCCCCUCGACAAACCAAUAAAUAAAGUUCAUCACCUGUCCCACUACCCUACGAUCAUAAGGCAAAGCGGUCCAAUCGUUAACAUGGCAUGUUUACAGUUUGAGGGAAAGUACAAGGAAUAAAAAUCUCUCACUAAAACUUGUGGAAACUUUCAAAAUCUGACUCACAGUCUUGCUAAAAGAAUCAACUUAAAACAAACUUCAACAAUUAUCAACCAUGAUUAUAAACUCAAUAACACUAUCGUUCAAUCGUCUAUAAUUACAAAGAAACAGUUUCUAGAUAACUCUUUACUCUUAUUCGAUCUGUCAAAUGACAUCGAGAUUAUAAAUUGUAUGACUAUUAAUGGCACCACUUUUAGAUCAGGUCUUGUUGUUAAAUACGAAACAUAUGAUGGUCAAAACUAUGGUAUACUGAGUAAUAUUCUGAAAACAAACAAUGAGUUUAUAUUUAUCAUACAAGUUUUAAACGUAAUUGAGUUGUGCGAUGCCCUCCUCAGUUAUAAAACUGAAAUUACAAACAAAACGAUUCGUACAUCUAUGAGUAAAAUUUUCACAAAGAAAUGUUACAGUCUGUGGCGAUUGAACAAUAAUGAUAACUACUUUUACAUAAACAUGAAAUAUAAUGAUUAAGAUUGAGUCUAGGAUAGUAUUUUGUAUUUGCUGUGUAAUGAAAUGAAAGUUUUGUAUUUUUUUUUUGUAAAUAUAUAUGUAAUUUUGAAUUGAAAAAUUGACUUACAUGUUGUUGACGAACGAAAGGAAUCACAAAUGAAUUGUAUAAAAUAAUAAAAGUGAUGCAGAUACAAAAUUUCAACGAAUUGUCCACUUCUCCCGGUUUUCCCCGAUUAAAACCCCGAACCUAUUCGAAUCAGCUGAUCACUCAUUUUAUGAAUGAAAAUUUGACAACAGUUCGCUCGCGAGUGUUUAUGUUAUUAUUUAUCAACAAUUCUUUAAAGCAUAAACAAACAAUUCUUUGUUCGCAGCGGAGAAGUUCACGGAUGUUUCUGUAAAACAUAUUACAAAGGCAGUUUUGGAAGACAUCGGAAUCAUCGAAAAAGGACCUCAAGUUUUGAUCUUAAGCAUCGCGGCCGAGUUAAAACAAUCGCAACUUGGGGGUGUAUCAAACGCAGCUGCCUCUCAAUCCGAGCCGAAAGCAGGUCCAUCACACGGCGACCAUCAGUGUUAUCUAGCGAGUCUGUAAGUAUUUCUAAAUUGGAGCUAAUAUGAGCAUUCCAUAGCUAAUCAGUUUAUUCAUUAGGUCCGCGGAAUCCUGGAGCGAAACGCUACGUGUCGAACAAUCCUAUACAACAAGAUUGAUGCAGGCAUUGUACCGAUUAGGACUGAACUACUCUCCAUGGUUCGUACCCUCCGCAACGAUAUGGCAUCUAGACUUUUGAACGAAAGGAUCUACCCGUCAACGGAGGAAAAGAAAGCACUGGCGAAACAAAUUGUUUCGGCUUUCCCAAUUUUGUCAUCAACUAAAAUAACAGAAAGCUCUCCGGACUAUU